AUGGGCAUUCUUAUGAUAGUCCGCGGGCAUCAGGCCGUGGAUGAAGGGUUCGAAAUCUCGAGCGACCGAAAAGUAAUCACGUUGUUCAGUGCGCCGGGUUAUCAAGACCAUUACAUUAACAAAGGAGCUGUAAUGAUUGUGUCGGCGGAUCGCACAGUCACUUUCAAGCAAUUCCCGAGACAACAGGGCACAAAACAAGACCAACACUUGAGUUCUCUGGCAAUGACAGACUGA